CCCUCUCCUCAGCCUGGUGCACCAGCUGCGAGGUGGCAGCGGGGAGCAAGAAGUUAGAUCUCUCCAAGCUUAACUUUUUGCACUUUAAAAAAAACGAAAAGAAAAACUUUGUUAACUUUUUCUGCUCUCUACUUUUUCUAACCCUUUUCCCUCAAAAUGACUGGUAGCCCGCUGACAGGGUUACUGGUUGCGCUGUGCGUCAGCAGCGCAGUGCACGGCUUGCCAAAGAAGAGCAAAAGACAAACCGGCCAGUAUCAGGUGUUUCCUGAGCUCCGUGACGCGUCGGCUGUGGCUCAAGUCGCCUGUGAAGAAAACGGUCGAUCGUUCAGACAGAACGAGCAGUGGGAGAAACCCUACCUUGGUAGUACACUGGUGUGCACCUGCAAUGGAGCCGCUGGCAUCAAAUGUAAAACUAAGCCUGAAGUGGAGGAGUCAUGUUAUGAUAAGUACAAUGACCGGACAUACCGAGUCGGUGAGACCUACGAGAGGCCAAAGGACGGGAUGAUGUGGGACUGCACCUGCAUCGGCUCUGGUCGGGGCAAGAUCAGCUGUACCAUCGCCAAUCGUUGCCAUGAAGGAGGGAGGUCUUAUAAAAUCGGGGACACUUGGCAGAGGCCUCAUGACACCGCUGACUACAUGCUGGAGUGUGUGUGUCUCGGAAACGGCAAAGGGGAGUGGACCUGCAAACCUGUGGCUGAGCGUUGCUACGACAACAAUGCCGCGUUAUCGUACGUCGUGGGGGAGACCUGGGAGAAACCGUACCAAGGCUGGAUGAUGCUGGACUGCACCUGUCUGGGAGAGGGAAAUGGACGCAUCACCUGCACCUCAAGGAACCGCUGCAACGACCAGGAUACCAGGAGGUCGUACCGCAUUGGAGACACAUGGACGAAGCCGGACGCAAGCGGACACAUCCUGCAGUGUCAGUGCUUAGGAAACGGCCGUGGAGAGUGGAAGUGUGAGAGACACAACGCAGGCAGAACCACAGGCGCCGUCGUGCUGGCCCCCACCCACACUCGGCAGCAGCCCGAGAUGCCAAUCGAGGGGACGUGCCGCACAGACUCUGGAGCCACCUACUACGACGGACAGCGCUGGCUCAGGAGCCAGGGCAACAAGCAGAUGCUCUGUACCUGUCUGGGCAACGGAGUCAGCUGUCAGGAGUGGGAGGCCAGGAACCAGGCGUACGGUGGCAACUCCAACGGUCAGCCUUGCGUGUUCCCGUUCGUCUUCAUGGGAAAGACCUACUACUCCUGCACCUCGGACGGACGCACAGACGGGCAGCUCUGGUGCUCUACAAGCUCAGACUAUGAGAAAGACCAGCAGUACUCUUUCUGUACCGAGAAGAACGCCAUUGUGGCAACACGAGGUGGAAACUCCAACGGCGCUCUGUGCCACUUCCCCUUCCUCUACAGUGGCCGCAACUACACCGACUGCACCUCUGACGGGCGGCGUGACGGCAUGAGAUGGUGCGGCACCACCCACGACUACGACACAGAGCAGCGCUAUGGAUUCUGCCCCAUGGCUGCCCAUGAGGAGUUGUGCACCACCAACGAUGGAUUAAUGCAUCGUGUAGGAGACAAGUGGGACAAACGCCAUGAAAUCAUGGGUCACAUGAUGGAGUGCACAUGUCUCGGCAACGGCCGUGGGGAGUGGAGCUGCGUUGCGUAUUCACAGCUGCGAGAUCAGUGCAUUGUUGACGGCUUGUACUACGAGGUAAACCAGGAAUUCUCCAAACGCCACAACGAUGGCCACAUGAUGAACUGCACCUGCUAUGGACAGGGACGUGGGCGCUGGAAGUGCGACGCCAUCGAUCAGUGUCAGGAGCCACAAACCAGGGCGUUCUACCAGAUCGGAGAGUCAUGGGACAAGGUCAUUCAUGGCAUCCACUACCGCUGUUAUUGCUAUGGCAACGGGAUUGGAGAGAUGAGAUGUGAACCUCAGCAGACCUACCCAGACGGCCACAGACCCAUCCAGGUGAUCAUCACCGAGGCGGGAAAACAACCAGACUCUCACCCCAUUCAGUGGAACCCGCCUUCAUCCGUCCACAUCACCCAGUACAUCCUCAAAUGGAGGAUUAAAAAUAGCCAUUCGCCUUGGAAGGAAGCCACCAUCCCCGGCAACUUCAACUCCUACACCAUCAGUGGGCUGCGUCCAGGCGCCACCUACGAGGGGCAGCUGAUCAGCAUCCUGCGCUACGGCCGCCGCGAGGUCACGCGCUUUGAUUUCACCACAACCCACGGUUCUCUGGAAACCUCUGAGGGAGAGACGAACGUCCCUCCUCCAGUGUUGGACACCUCUGAGUCGGUGACAGAAAUCACCUCCAACAGCUUCGUUGUGUCCUGGACCUCGGCCUCUUCUACCAUCUCAGGCUUCAGGGUGGAGUAUGAGCUCAGUGAAGACGGUGCCAAGCCGCAAGUCCUGGAUCUUCCUCGCACAGCCACCUCCGUCACCAUCGCUGACCUCCUGCCAGGACGCAGAUACAAUGUCAACGUCUACGAGCUCCCAGAUCAGGGACAGCCGAACCUCAUCCUGACCACCUCCCAGACCACAGCUCCCGACAAGCCUGCUAGGCAUGCAGUCGAUGAGGUGGGAGAGAAGUCCAUCCGAAUCAGCUGGUCCCGGCCUCAGGCUCCCAUUACUGGUUACCGUGUGGUGUACACACCGUCGCUGGAAGGCAGCAGCACCGAGUUGAACCUGCCAGAGUCAGUGACCUCAGUGACCCUGGCUGACCUUCGCCCCGGUCUCCUUUACAACAUCAGCAUCUACGCUGUGGAGGACGACCUGGAGAGUGAGCCUGCUUUUGUGCAGGUCAACACCGCUGGGUCUCCUCUGCCAGAGGUGGUACCGGCGCCCACGGAGCUGCAGUUCUACGAGGUUUCAGAUGUGAAGAUCACCAUCACCUGGACUGGUCCACCCAGCGAGGUGACUGGUUACAGGGUGACCUACUCCCCUAUUGGCACCGACGGCAGAGAGCUCAGGCCCCUGCAGAUGCCCAUUUCACCAAACGCCUAUGCCGACAUCACCCACCUGCAGCCGGGCACGCUGUACCGCUUCUACAUCUACGCCAUCAAUGGCGGAGUGGAGAGCGAGCCGCUGGUGGGAGACAAGUCCACCAAGCCCGACUCGCCCACUGAUGUGCGUUUCACCGACGUCGGCCACGACAGCGCGUUGGUCAUCUGGCAGGCUCCCCGCGCCAUCGUCACCGGCUACCGUCUCUUCCUCAGCAUCGAGGGCUCCACCCCUGUCGAGAAGAGGAUCCCGGGUGGGGUCAACCAGUACGCUUUGAGGAACUUGCGUCCAGACACCAGAUACACCGCAGUCCUCCACUCUGAGCUGGACAACGAGCUCAGCGAGGGCGUCACGUCAUAUUUUGAAACCACUCCUCAGAUGGGAAAUGCUCCUCCUUUCAGCACUGAAGUGACUGAUACCUCUAUCAUUGUCACCUGGAUACCUGUCCGCAGGUUCAGCUAUAAGCUGUCUGUCCUCCCCAGCCAGGAAGGCGAGUCUCCCAGAGAAGAUACCUCUGACUCUGGACAAAUUCAAAUUCUCGGCCUGAUUCCUGGAACUCAGUACACCUACUCUGUUCAGCCCAUCUUCAACGGACGCAACCGUGGAAACCCCAUCACCCGCAACGUCGUCACUUCCCUGUCUCCUCCUACUGACCUCAGAGUUGAGUCAAAUCCAAGCACGGGAGAUCUCACUGUCCACUGGGUCGCCUCCAGAACACCAGGCAUCACAGGCUACAGGGUGACCAGCACGCCAACCAGCGGCCAGCGAGGAAACUCCCUGGAAGAGUUUGUCCGAGCUGAUGAAACCUCCUGCGUGCUAGAGAGCCUGAAUCCCGGGGCAGAGUACAACGUCAGUGUAUUCACCACCAAGGGUCAUUUGGAGAGUGUGCCUGUGUCCACGAUCAUCACACCAGACAUCCUCCCACCAAAUCACAUUGACUUUGUCGACAUUACCGACACCACCAUUGGCCUCCGCUGGAUCCCUCCGAAAAAUGCUACCACUGCUUCUUACCUGAUAACGGUAGUAGCGUCAGGCGAGGGCUUGCCGAUAUUUCAGGAUAUGGUGCGAGCAGCUGCUGGUUAUUACAGGAUUCAUGGUUUGGAGCCGGGCGUGGACUAUGACAUCAGUAUCUUCGCUGUUAGCGAUGGCCGGGCAAGCAGGCCGACCACAUACAGAAUUCUAACACAAGACGUCAUUCCAGCACCAACCAACCUGCAGUUUGGAGGGGUGGGUCCUGACCACAUUAGGGUGACAUGGACAGUCCCCAAUGUUGCCGCACCAAGUGACAUCUCUCGGUUUGUCAUCCGUUACCACCCCGUGGCCACAGAUGAUGACGUCAAGGAGGUUAAUGUUGGCGGGGCGACCAACACGUUCCUGCUGCAGAACCUGCUGCCCAACACUGACUACCACAUCAGCGUUGUCUUAGUGUAUGGUGAACGGGAAAGUCAACCAGCCACAGGGACUCAGAGGACAACUCUGGACUCCCCGACUGGCUUGGACUUCUCUGACAUCCGCACCAACUCCUUCACCGUUCACUGGCUGGCUCCGACUUCUGUCAUCACCGGCUACCGCAUCCGCUACCAGAAAACGAGCGGCGGACGGCCCAAGGAUGAGAGGCUGCCCCCAAGCAGGAACUACUUCACUUUGACCGGACUGACACCUGAGACAGAGUAUCUGGUUCAUGUGUAUGCUGUCAGCAAUGGCCAGGACAGUCUGCCCCUGACUGGCACACAGGCCACCAUCUCCGAUGCUCCUACUGACCUUGAGGUAACAUCGUCCACGCCCACCAGCAUCACCAUUCGCUGGGAGGCCCCCUCGGUCACAGUGAAGAAUUACAGGAUCACCUAUGCAGGAGAACGUGGUGAGCGUCCUCAGGAGUUCUCAAUCCCAGGCACUCAGACCACUGCCACCAUCACCGGGCUGAACCCUGGUACUGACUACACCAUCACUGUCUAUGCUGUUACUGGAAGAGGGGACAGCCCUGCCUCCAACACCCCGGUCUACAUCACGCACAGGACUGGUACCGAGCCCCCCACUGACAUGAAACUGACUGACGUGAGUGACAACACUAUCACAGUGCGCUGGUCUCCUGCUCAGGGACCAAUCAGAGGCUACAGAAUCACCGGUGUUCCCAAAAAUGGCCUGGGACCCUCCUACUCUGAGGUGGUGGCCCCUGAUCAGAGAGAGAUGACAUUCACAGGUCUGAUGCCCACUGCUGAGUAUGUUGUGAGUGUCUACGCUCUGGGCAGUAACGGACAGCCCUCUUCCCCUGUGGUCGGAAAUGCAAUCACUGCUAUGGACCGUCCCAAAGACCUGACCUUCUCCGACAUCGACUCCACCUCCAUGCGCAUCACUUGGGACAGUCCAGACGGCACUGUGACAUCAUACCGCAUCCUGUACUCCAGCCCAGAGGAAGGCGAGAGAGAGCUGCGUCCAGCACCCAGAGGAGACCAGGACAGUGUGCUGCUGAGAGGUCUUCGCCCCGGGACAGAGUACACCAUUAAAGUCAUCGCCCUCCACGACCGAACUCCCAGCAAACCGUUGGUGGGAACCCAGGCCACAGUGAUCCCUACUCCAACCAACCUGAUGAUCUCAGAAGUCGGUCCCUCCGCCUUCACUGUGUCAUGGCGAGCCCCCAAUGCACGCCUGACAGGCUACCGUGUGGUCGUCAACCCCAAGAACAUCAACGGCCCCCCUAGAGAGAUGAACGUUGCUCCGGACACCACGCGUGUCGUCGUACCAGGGCUCAUGGUGGCAACAACUUACCAGAUUUCCGUCUACGCUCUGAAGAACUCUGUCACCAGCAGACCGCUGGAGGGGGAGGCGACCACACUGGAAGACGUAAGUCCUCCUCGGCGCGUGCGUAUCUCUGAUACGAAGGAUACGUCUUUCACACUGACCUGGCGCGCCAAACCAUCGGAUACCAUCACUGGUUACCUCAUCGAGGCCACACCGAUGACUGGCUCACAUCCCGCCAUCAGAAGGAACUUCCCAGCACCUACAGAGACCUACACUUUCACAGGUCUGCAGCCAGGCACCAGGUACCACGUCAAGCUGUACACUCUGAGUGGCAACACGAGGAGCGCCCCAUUCACUCUGACUAUUGAAACAGAAAAACCGGUGGUCCAGGCUCCCACCGGCCUCCAUUUCACAUCUUUCACCCCCACCUCCAUCUCCUUCACCUGGCAGCCACCUGCCACACACAUCACAGGAUACUACAUCAGUUAUGAGGAGCAGGGAGGACAACCACGUGAGCUCAUCCCACGACCCCACGCUGGCCAAAACUACGCCACCAUAUCCGGCCUGAGACCAGCCACCGAAUACACCAUCAAGAUCAUCGCCAUCCAGAACACGCAGAGGAGCAGCCCUCUGGUGGGAAGAGCCAGAACUCAACCGGACUUGCUUGUCCUGCCUCUGCCCAACCGCCCCGGAGGUUCCGGUGACAGGUUGGACGUGCCCGAGGACACCACAGUCCAGGUAGUGGGCAACGGUGGCACGGAUGGGCAGGGUGGUCAGAGCCAGCAUGUGGAGUACACAGAGUACAACAACAACAACAACGGAGACAACAACAGAUAUAGUGGGAACAGUGGCAACCCACAGUCCCCCUAUGGGCAAGUACGUGAGCCGCUGGUGUUUUUGCCCCUUCCUGAUGCAGAGGGCCGCAGACUGCCCAUCCUGAAGCUGAACCUGCCCAUCGGCGCCACGUUCGAUAACGAGACGGAUCUGCCCCAGGAGGUCCAGACUCAGACCUCCAUCUCCUGGAAGCCUUACAGCCAGAGCAACGCCUACCUGGUGUCCUGCUCUCCUCUCACACACUUAGAAGAGAAGAUGUUCCAGGUCCGCCUGCCAGGCACAGCCACCACUGCCACCCUGAUAGGACUCACACCCGGAGCCAACUAUAAUGUGAUUGUGGAGGCUCUGCUGGGUGCGCUCAAACACAAGAUUCUGGAGCAGGUCGUCACUGCUGGAAACACAAUCCCAGAGGGAGUGCCCUCCGAUAAGGACUCAUGUUAUGACGCCUUCACCGCAACCUACCAUGAUGUUGGUAGUGAAUGGGAGCGGAUGUCUGAGACCGGCUUCAAGCUGUGGUGCAGGUGUCUGGGCCUGGGCAGUGGCCACUUCAGAUGUGACUCAUCUAAGUGGUGCCAUGACAACGGAAACAACUAUCGCAUCGGAGAGAAGUGGGACCGCCGCUCAGAAAACGGUCAGCUGAUGAGCUGCACUUGUCUGGGAAAUGGCAAAGGAGAAUUCAAGUGUGAACCACAUGAUUCAGUGUGCUACGAUGAUGGCAAGACAUACCAGGUGGGAAACCAGUGGCAGAAGGAUUACCUGGGCGCCAUCUGCACCUGCACAUGCUUCGGAGGACAACAGGGCUGGCGAUGUGAGAACUGCCGCAGACCAGGUGCUGAUGUCGAUGCUGGUCUGCUUCAGCCUGUUAGAUAUGGAGACAACACACUACGCAGAACGAAUAUCCACUGCCCCAUCGAGUGCCUCCGACCCGAACUGCUGGCAGACGCACACGUUCCUCCAAAUCCUCGCGAGUAAAAGAUCGGUCUUCUGACUUCUGCUUCGUUUCCCUCACCGACCAAUCGCUGCACUGUCCCUGCGACUAAAUUAACUGCCUUAUCACUUUCUGACACAUUUGUUUAGCUAAAAGGUGUUAAACUGCCCUGCUGCCUGUUUAAAGUGAUCCUCUUCUAAAGCCAGUCUUUUCACUGUUGACUGUCAAGUCUUUAAAUUCACGCUCUACUGGAAGAUGCAGACUCCCUCCGCUGUAAUAUUUUGUGUAACAGUGGAAGUUAUAAAGGACUUGUCACCCAGUCAGAUUUCUAUACUUUUGUCAAAUUGGGUGUUUGUUUUCCCAUUUAAAUGUCAAAAAACAUUUCUUCAUCAAAGAGCAGAAACUGUCAGAAAGUAAGCACUGUGUUAAAGAAUGUCAUUGUAGUCAUUAACAAAAUGUUUGUCAAUGAAAAUGUGCUUUCCUUUUCUGUAGCCCUUCUUCUGAGGGGUCGCACUGUGUGUGAUUGACACAUUCUGAAAUCUGAUGUCUGUCUACUAAUUUAUCCCUUUAAUCUCAACGUGUGAAUGUGUGAACUGGGAUGUGAGGAUUUGAACUGUUCUAUUUUUGUACUUUUUGUUGUCCGUUCCAAAGUUGUUUCUACCUUCGACAAGAAGAAGUCCCUUAUUUUAAUAAAGCUGGAGAGAUCCUGAAACCUAA